AUAGCAAUAUCAUCAUUCACUAGUGUGUUAUCACGCGGUAACAGAAAUAACAUGUUAUUAAAGUGAAAUUCGCGACUCGUAGAACAAAACUCAUGCUUUAGCUUGCGUAUUACGAAUUGUUAAGUACUAUGCUUGACACGGCCAUUGCAUUAAACAAAAAUUAAGUUAUAAUAUAAAAAUAAGUGCAUCAAUCAACCAAAUAACGAAGGAAUUCUACUCAAUUUCUUACCAAUAAUGAAAUAUCUGAUAAUACAUUAUUUUAGCUACUAAUGAAAAAAAUGGAAAAUACAUCACCGAAUUACUUCGAUUGUAAUUGCAUUUAAAAAAAUGCACUUCGUCACAAUAAUAUAUGCAUCGCAAGUGCAUUCGCCAUUUUUUAUGUGUUACCUUGGUAACGAAAUGCGUACCAAAACAAACUCUAGUUCAUAAGACUUUGGAACUUUAAAACAAACAAAAUUGUUUCGUUAAAAACAAAUUAGUAGCUAAUAUUUUGGAAUAUUCGCAGUCGUUAUUGUAAUUAUACGUGUAAAAUGAAGACAUGUGUGAACUGGACUGAUAAAGUACAGGAUAAAGCUGAGCAGUGUAUUUAUGACUUAUGCUAUAAUCCAAGUGGCAGUCAACUAAUAGUAGCUGCUGGGCAGCAUGUAUUAGUUUAUGAAAGUAAUGAUGGUGCUUUAAUACAAUUAUUGAAAGGACAUAAAGACAUUGUAUAUUGUGUUUGUUAUGCAAGCGAUGGAAAGAGAUUUGCUUCAGGAAGUGCAGAUAAAACUGUUAUAAUUUGGACUAAUAAAUUAGAGGGAAUUUUAAAGUACUCCCAUAAUGAAGCAGUGCAAUCAAUGCAUUUCAACCCUGUAUCACAUCAGCUACUUAGUUGCUCACUUUCUGAUAUUGCAUUAUGGUCUGCUGAACAAAAAGCUGUUCAGAAACAUAAAUCAGGAGGCAGAGUGAAUUGUUGUGCAUGGACUAAAGAUGGGCAGUAUAUGGCUCUAGGCUUAUCAGCUGGUUAUAUUUCUAUAAGAAACAAAGGUGGAGAAGAACGUUUACGUAUUGAUCGAUCAGGUGAAUCACCAAUUUGGAGCCUAGCUUGGAGUCCAGCAAAUGAGGAACCAGCAGAUAUUCUUUGUGUUGGUGAAUGGAGUGGUAUGCUGUCAUUCUAUACCAUCAGUGGAAAAAUAAUUGGAAGAGAAAGAAAUUUAAAUUUUAUCCCACUAAAAAUUACUUACUUUCCAAAUGGACAAUACAUAGCUGUCUGUGGCAGUAACAAACAAUGCCUUUUAUUAUCUCAUGAGGGAAUCCAAUUAGCUGUUCUUGGUAAUACAUUUUCUUCAUGGACUUGGACUUGUGCUGUUCAUCCAGAGUCAGAUCAUGUUGCAAUUGGUUGUCAAGAUGGGACAAUUACAAAUCUAGAAUUAUCGUGGAACAUUGUUCAUGGUUUAUACCGAGACAAAUAUGCAUACAGGGAAACAAUGACUGAUGUUAUAAUUCAACAUUUGAUUACAAAUCAAAAAGUUCGAAUCAAAUGCAAAGAUCUUGUUCAGAAAAUUGCUGUGUAUCGAGAUAGAUUAGCUGUACAGUUGCCAGAACGUGUAACAAUUUAUGAACCUUCAGGAAGUACUGAAGAAAUGCAUUACAAAAUAAGAAAUAAAUUAGUUCAAUCUUUAGGUUGUAAUCUACUUGUUGUAACUACAAACAAUUUAAUUCUCUAUCUGGAUAAAAGAAUUCAGAGUCUAUCAUUCAACGGCAUUGUAGAAAGAGAGUGGAUCCUCGACGAUCCAGUUUGUUACAUAAAAGUUAUUGGAGGCCCACCAAGUAGAGAACGAUUAUUAGUUGGCUUGAGAAACGGACAAGUGAUGGAAAUUUAUUUGGAUAAUCCAUUCCCCUCUCUGUUAGCUAAAAUUGAUGGAGCUAUCAGAUGUUUGGAUGUGAGUUCAAUGAAAGAAAAGUUAGCUGUUGUUAAUGACCAAGGUGUUCUUUCUGUAUUUGAUAUUUACAACGAUAAUAAAUUGCAAGAAUUUCACGAUGUAACUAGUGUGGCUUUCAAUAGUGCUUUUGAAGAUAUGAUUUGCUUUUCUGGUCAAGAUUAUCUAGCUAUCAAAGUCGCUCAUUUUCCCGAAUACAAACAGAAGUUUUCAGGCGUUGUUGUUGGACUCAACGGUUCAAAAAUGUACUGUUUACACGGUUCAUCAAUCGUUACCAUGGAGAUCCCGUUGUCAUCGUCGAUGUAUCGAUAUUUGGAAGCCGAAAUUUUUGACAAAGCUUACGCCAUAGCUUGUCUUGGUGUCGCAGAUUCCGACUGGUUUACUCUGGGUGUCGCGGCUCUUGAUCACCUAGAAUUCAAAAUAGCUUAUGAGGCUUUCGCAAGAACGAAAAAGUUGCGCUACAUUGACUUGGUUCUGGAACUCGAGGAAAAGUUUAAAUCUGGCGAAUGGGGGCGUGAAGCUUGCAUGGCUACCGCCGCUGCAGCAAUGGGUAGACUACGCGAGGCAGCCAAGCUCUUUCAGAAAGCUGGUUUGCAGCAGCAAGCUUUAGAUAUGUACUCGGAUCUGCGAAUGUUCGACAUGGCGCAAGAAUUCAUUGCGAGCGGUAAUAGUCAAGAUCGGACGAUGCUGCUUAGAAGACGAGCCGAAUGGGCAAAGAGCUUAGGUGAACCUCGUGCCGCGGCUGAAAUGUUCCUUUCGGCGGGUGACGCCCAGAAAGCGAUCAAGAUUAUUUCGGAAUACGGGUGGAUCGAUAUGCUCAUCAAAGUCGGCCGGCAGCUUGACAAAGCCGAGCGGGAUAGUCUCUCGAUGAUCGCGAAGAAACUACGUCAACUCGGAGCAACUCACGGUGCAGCCGAGAUUUUCAGUCGCCUAGGUGACGAUCCUGAUGUGGCUGAUGUUCUCGUCGACGCUCAUGCUUGGCAUGAAGCUUUUGAGCUUGCGGAGAGGAAUCCCAGGCUCAAGUCCAGAGUGUAUGGCCCUUAUGCAAGGUGGCUUGCAGAAACGGGCAAGUUUUCAGAGGCACAAAAAGCGUUCCAAAUGGCUGGCCAGCCGGAGGAGUCUAGUCAAGUAUUGACCACGUUAGCGAACAAUGCUGUAAUGGAAAAGAGAUUUCGUGAUGCAUCGUACUUUUACUGGUUGUUGUCGCAAAUUACUCUCCAUUUAAACAAAAGUACUGAGGAAAUAAAAGCGCAAUUCAUGGCGUACUAUGAUAAAGCUGAUAUUUAUUACGCUUAUCACGAAGUCUAUAAAUAUUUGAAAGAACCAUUUACAGCAUUGAUGCCCGAGUCAUUGUUCAAUAUUUCGAAAUUCUUGCUCACGAAAAUUUAUAGUACGACAUUGGAAGGUAUCUCCAAAUUAAAGAUAAUGUAUGCACUUGUGAAGCAAGCGCGAUUAUUAGGAGCUAAUAAGUUGGCAAUGCAGUUACUCGACCGAUUGCGCGAAAUGAAAAUACCUAAGCAUCAUCUUGCGCAAAUUGAAAUCUGGACGAUCGCUAUCAAAGCGUAUCCUUAUCGAGAUCCAGAGGAAUUGUUACCGUUGUGUAAUAGAUGCUCGACUUACAAUGCCUUGUUGCCAGCUGUUAAUAAUGCCGCUGGUAAUUGCUGUGCUCAGUGUGGACUUAAGUUUCAGUAUUCUUUCGUAAUGUUCGAAAUUUUGCCUCUGGUCGAAUUCGAAUUAGAACCUGGAAUAACAGAUAAUGAAGCUGAAAAGUUAAUUGAAGAACCGGUACAGUCAACCGAUGAUAGUAUUAAUACGGAAAAUCAAUUUACCGUCACGACUAAUCAAACUGACUUAUUUAUGGCUCGACUAGUCCAAUACGAGGUUUCCGAAAAGUUUGGAAGCUCAACCGUUACCGUGGGACGCGGUGUGUUGAAAAGUAUGGAACCAUCAUCAGUAUUAAUCGUAAAAUGGCCUAAGCCAUUCAAAACGCGAUAUUACAGAAAUCUUUUACCUGAUUUACAAGUAACGUUUUGUAAAUCUUGCCUGAAAAUGUUUCACACAGAUGAUUAUGAAUUGGCGCUACUUCGUUACAAUCACUGUCCGUUUUGUAGAACACCUAGCAAUUUUAGCAAUCAAAAUGUAUAAGCUACCUCAGGCAAUGUGAUUUUCAUUAGAUAGUAAACCUGUGCCUUGAUCGCGAAUCAAGCGAACAGCUUAUUAUUAAGCAAUGUAUUUGUAGACUUAGAUUUGGUAAAUAAGAAGCAUAGCUUCAAAAAGAAUAUCUAAACAAUUAAAAUAAAUGGUAAAAAAAUUGGACGGUAUGCAUUAAGUUACAG